AUGUUUGUGCUUCAGGAACCCCAGAAGCUGCAGAUUCUGUAUGAAUCCUUGGAAAAGAGCAUCCCUGAGUCCACCAAGGUAUAUGGUGCUAUUUUCAACAUUAAAAAUAAAAACCCAUUCAACAUGGAGGUGCUGGUGGAUGCCUGGCCAGAUUAUCAGAUAGUCAUUACACGACCUCAGAAAGAGGAGAUGAAGGAUGAUCUGGAUUAUUACACCAACACUUACCACAUCUUCACCAAAGCUCCUGACAAGUUAGAGGAAGUCCUGGCAUGCCCCCAGGUUAUCAAUUGGGAACAAGCCUUCCCGAUCCAAGGUUGCCAAGAGAGCUUGGGUCAGGCAAUACGAAAAGUUUCAGCUUCAAAAUCAGUGCAGGUGGAUUACAUGAAGACCAUGCUCUUUAUGGCAGAAAAACCAGUGAAACUCAAGACAUCAGUUGAUGACAAGCUGGAUUGGAUGAAGUUAUUUAAAAUGCCUAACAUGGAGGAAGACAGAAGGGAAGGAAACUUUACGAACAUCUUCUUGGAUGUCUCACAUGCACAGCUUGUAAAUGAGCACUGGGACUUUGGAAAAAAUGAGAGAAGUUUGAAAUAUAUUGAGCACUGUCUCCAGAAUUUUCCAGGAUUAGGUGUGCUGGGUCCAGAGGGGCACCAAAUCUCUUGGAUUGUGAUGGAACAGUCCUGUGAGUUGAGAAUGGGUUACACUGUGCCAAAAUAUCGAGGCCAGGGCAACAUGUUUCAAAUAGGUUAUCACUAUGCAAAUUAUCUUGCUCAGAAAAAUAUGCCAUUUUAUUUACAUGUGGCAGAAGGGAAAGAAACACUUCAAGAGGCAGUAGGAAGUUUUGGGUGGAAGGUUUGUCUUUGUGGCUGGCAUCAGUGGAAAUGCACCCCAGAGAAGUACUGCUGA